AACUCAGUCAGUGGACGCAGGAAAGUUGCAGAGCGGAGGAAUAUUUCUGGAAAAAUUCAUAUGUGGAACAUUAUGACAUCAACUGUUUUAGCUUUAUGACAACUUUUUACAGACUUUUAAAAACUUUUUAGAGGGCCAAAACAACUUUUAGCAAAGAAAGAAAGAAAGAAAGAAAAAAAAAGAGAAAGAAACAGGCCUGACCAAAGAGGUUCAGGAUUUUCAUCGCAUAUAUUUCAUCGUUUCUACUAGGAUUUGUUUUGUUUUGUUUGUAUAUCUAACAAAAUGAGCGGUAACCCUCUCCAGCCGUUGCCGGGCCAGCAGGUGAUCCAUGUCGCCAAAGACCCUGACACGGACCUGGAGGCGCUUUUUAACUCGGUCAUGAACCCGAAGCCCAGCUCCUGGAGGAACAAACAUCUGCCCGAGUCGUUCUUUAAAGAGCCGGACUCAGGCUCUCACUCCCGGCAGUCCAGCACGGACUCGGGCAGCCACCCGCCGCGGCUCCAGGCGCAGCACGUCCGCUCGCAUUCGUCCCCGGCAUCCCUGCAGCUGUCGACGGGCGCGCUGAGUGCUGUGACCCCCGGCCGUCAUCACACUCAUAUCCGACACCAGUCGUUCGAUGUGCUCGAAGAGCUGCCGCUGCCGCCGGGCUGGGAAAUGGCCUACACUCCCAACGGACAGAAGUAUUUUCUCAAUCACAUUGAGAAGAUCACUACAUGGCACGACCCCAGGAAGAGUAUGACCCCAUCGGUGACCCAAAUGAGUCUGCACAAUCAGGCGUCUAACAGUGCUAACAUACAGCAGCGCUCCAUGGCUCUGUCUCAACCUAAUCUCGUGUUAAAUCAGCAGGCGCAUCCGCAGCAACUGCAGCAGCAGCAGCAGCAGCAGGUACAGGCGCUUAGUUCGCAGCAGCAGCAGAACUCUCAGGCCAGCAUGUUGAACAUGAGUGCACAGCAGCACCAGCAGAAGAUGCGACUACAGCGCAUACAGAUGGAGCGAGAGCGCAUUCAAAGGAGACAGGAGGAGCUCAUGAGACAGGAGGUGGCGCUCCGGCAGCUGCCCAUGGACUCUGAUAAUAUGGCAUCUGUUACACCAGCCAUCAGCUCUCCGGCAAUGACGCAGGGUAACAUGCCCAACAACAGCACAGAUCCGUUCCUCAACAGUGGGUCGUACCACUCUCGAGAGCAGAGCACAGACAGCGGACUCGGACUGGGCUGCUACAGCAUCCCCACCACCCCUGAAGACUUCCUCAACAACAUGGAGGAGAUGGACACAGGUGAGAACAUGGUGCCGGUCAGUAUGAAUGUACCGCAACAGAGUCGUUUCCCAGACUUCCUGGACUCCAUGCCCGGCACCAACGUGGACCUGGGCACCCUUGAGGGUGCUGACCUCAUGCCCAUCCUGAAUGAUGUGGAGUCAGUCCUGAAUAAGGCCGAACCCUUUCUCACCUGGCUCUAGACUCACACGGGACAUUAUAGACUUUUUUUAUAUAUAUAUAUAUAUAUAUAUAUAUUAUUAUAUAUAAAAUCAGUCUUCCUCUAGUUUCACUUUGUAGACAUCAGUUAUUGUUUCCACACACCAUUCUGAAUUUCCUUUUCUUUUGCUGAGUCAAAGAACAAUAUUUACCAAAGUGUUUAGCCUGCGAACAAAUAUGCAAGCAUGCAUCAGUCAGCCGUUUGUUUUGUAACUGAUGUAGGAUACAUUUGAUUAUGACUGUGUUUGUGUUCAGAGUGAUUACAUGAACACAUCCUUUCCACAACGGAUAUGCCCGGAUAGUGACAGUGGCUGUCAAUCAAUCUGCCCAAACAUGUUUAACAGUAAAGCAUUCAAGGUAACAUUGUCCAGGUAACAUUUCAGUCCAAAAUCAAUAGAAACAAAUAAACAAAUUAUACUUUACAUAAAGAAAAUUAAGGACAUUUUAGGACCACUAAGUUUUUUGUGACAUUAUUUUCACGACAAUUAAGCUUAUUUCCUCUCUAAAUUCUCAUGCUGUUAUGCAAAAAAUCUCAUUCUAUACUGUAAUGCGGAAAUAUAAUGAUGAAUUAAAUUUUGUAGAGAAAUGUGCUUAAUUCAAAUAUUACUGCCAAAUCAAAACAAAAGAAAUAUGUGUGUGUGUGUGUGUGUGUGUAUAUAUAUAUAGAUAGAUAGAUAGAUAGAUAGAUAUCUAUAUAUAGAUAUAUAUAUAUAUAUAUAUUGUGUAUAUACACACACACACACACACACACACACACACACACACACACAACUGUAUAUACAGACAGAUAAAUAAUAUGAAGCACAUUUUUUUGCAUUACGACAUUAUUGUCAUGACAAUUUACGACAAUCAUAUUUGCACCCUAAAUUCUUAUUACUGUAAUGUGAAAAUGUUAUGAUGUUAUUUUAAUGUUGUCAAGUAUUAGUACAUUAUGGUAGCAUUUGAUCUGUCUUCAUGCUGAUUAUAUUACAGUAUUUUUUACUGUACUUAAAAUGUAAAAAAUACAUAUAUAUCAAUUGAUUUUGGAUUGAAACUUGGACAUGUUUUCAUGUGAUUCUCGCCACUACUCAUCGAAACGACCAUGCAAAGUUUGUUUUACACUUUAUAUAUACUUAUUUUUUUCAGUAGCAGCUGUGUGCUUCAAAAAGCUUUACAUUGUGUCUAUUAUAUACAGCGAAGAACUAAUUCAGAUGUGUUUAAGUUUGCAUUCAUUUUAUUCCAAUUUAGUUAUUUUGUCAAGUAAGCUGAUGAUACAGUUUGCAUUUACAAACAUUUUAUAUCAUGUUUUUAUGUACUGCUACAGUGUUCUUGUUUUGUAAACUGUAAAAUACCAUUGAUGUAUGCUCUUGGCUUCUGGUGCAUUUAAUUAGUUUGCAGUUUAGUAUUUAUCAAGAGCUAAUAACUUCUUAGUUUUUAGAUUUUUUUAUUUUUUUCCUUUUUUCAGGAAUUUUUAAUAUCAAAGCACUACAAAUCAGCCAAUGAUUUAUCAAUAAUUAUAUCUAACAUCUUGAUCUUGAGGUGAAUAUUGAAGUAAUGGUUUUUACUUAGUUGCGAGUGUUGUGAGGCUUCAUGAUCCUUUUUUAAGUCAACUCUGGCCACUAAACUGCUCUGAUUUUCCAGCAAAGUGGCGUUGCAUUCAUCCUACAAUGUUCCAUUCAGGGAAUGUGCAGUGGGGUCCAAAAGUCUCCAUUAGUGAAAAUGCUCCUAUUUUAGCUUUUUCUACUUUGCUUAAAUGUAAUUUGUGAACUAGAAAUUGUGCAUAAUCUUAAAUAAUACUUCUUUGUUAUGUCAUAACGUUUCUUUGUUUCAAAAUCCUUAAACUUUCUGUGACUUCCAGUUGUAAAAUAGAUUUUAAACUCCAGAUUUUCAAUGCAGACUUUUGGAGCCCACUUUAUAUAUUAGUAUUUUCUGAUACCAGAGAUAAUUUUACCUUCAGUUGGAUGAUUAAACAUUCAAACUGGGUUAUUGUGGGGCCAACAUGUGGAUUUUCUUGAUUUUAUUAGCCCGGCUGAAAUCCAGUUCAGUAUAUAUAUAUACAAUAUAUAUAUAUAUAUAUAUAUAUAUAUAUAUAUAUAUAUAUAUAUAUACAAAUUAAUAUCUUUGUGAUUUUCUACACAGGUUUAAUUUUUUUUCUAUUGCAUGUUUGAUUUGUUUGAUAUUCAUAGCUUUGGUGGUUUAUAGACCCACCUUACUGUCACUCAUUUAUGAUGACUUUGUAGAUUGCAAAAUUUUAGGAUUGUGCAGAAAUGGUUUGGUGGUGAAUUUUAAAGUGACAGUUCACCCAAAAAUGAAAAUUCUGUCAUAAUUUAAAAUCAAUAGAGUAAAUAAUGACAGAAUUUUCAUUUUUGCUUGAACUAUCCCUUUGAAAUACAGAGACAAAAGAGAAACUCUUGGUCAAACUGAGCUCAUGAAGUCCUUUAUAAGGACAGAAUGGUUAAGUACCAGGGUAGAAAGAGCCGAUUCGAGCUGUACUCCAUCCCGGGUGACCUUUUUCCUCCGGGAACACAUAGGAUCUGUGCCAAAACCUAGUGAACUGCCUUGCUUCUUACAUUGACAGUUGUCUUCUAAGGCAGUGUCUUAGCUGAAAUGGAACAUCAUAAUUGAUAUGAAACUCUCUACAUAGGCAACAACUCUGCAUCGUAAAAAUAGCGUGAAUAGAGACUAGACUCACAAUUGAUUUCAAUAGAAUUUGACAUUAGCUUGUUGCUAAGCUAACAACCGGUUACCUGAAUAAGUAUUAAAAUACAGUAUGUAACACACAAAUAUUGGAUGAAAUAGUCGAUUUUUAAUUAGAUUAUUUUAGAUUAGCGCACCUAGGAGGUUUAAAAUGCUGCCUUCGUAGGCAGCUCACUAUUUUUUUUUAUUUUUUUAUUUUUUUGGAACAGCCAUUGUGUAACAUUAAAGAGAAUACUUCAGAGAAAGAGUCCACAUGGUAGCACUGUUGUUUAUUUUCAUGACCAUUAAAGAGAGAUCUGGCGGUCUUGUGACACAUCUGCAGUGAGCUAUGACCUGUAUCAUGCAAAAGAGAUCAAAAGACUUCAUUUUGAGUGUACAUUAAAUGUGACAUGGUUGAGAACAGUGUAUUCUCUUUGUUUUCUAACGAGUUGUUAUGGGGUGGGACAGUAAUAUGUAGCGGUGUAUGGUGGAGUUUUGUAAUGCACUACACUUCAGCAUGGUGAGGGGGGUUUGUAAGAUUACUGGCUCUGUGAAUGUUGGUCACAUGCUGGUAAUCAAACAGUAACAUGGUAGCAGUGUACUGUAUGUGAAACAUGUGGAGAUAAGUUGUAACCUCUAAGAAAUUGUCAGUGAAAUCAAAAAACAAAAGAAUAAAAUGGUUUUAUUAGCAUGGA